AGAACACACACGUUUAAGGCCUCCUACGCACUGGCGACCAUAGACGCGGCCAGGCCGCCGCGGCCAUGGUCGCCGUUGCGUAGGCAAGCGCGACAUGUGGACGGCCGAAAAAUUUGCAGUCGACUUCCAAGGGUGUGUCAAGAUGGACGUGCAGAAGAUAAUCACGCUAACUGUGCUUGUGUAUUUACUACGAAAACGAAAACGGAAGAUUUCACGUAAAAGACAGUUUUGGGUGCAUCCAUUACUUUGCGAGAGAAAGACUAAAGGAUUAUAUUAUACUUAUUUUUUGGAUUUAAAAAUGUAUGAGAAGAGAUUCUUUAAUUACAUGAGAAUGUCAACGAAUACUUUUAACCUGUUACUGGAUACAAUAAAACCAAAAAUUACUGGAACUGGUAACAACUAUCGGAAAUGCAUUCCAGCAGAAGAAAAAUUAGUAAUAACAAUAAGGUAUUUGGCUACUGGGUGUUCUUUAUCUCAUAUAAGUCAUGAAUACCGUAUAGGGCUUCCUACAGUAUCGGAAAUAGUAUUUGAUGUUUGUGAAGCAAUAUGGGAGAUAUUAAAACCAAUUGUGAUGCCACAAUUGACCAGAGAUAAGUGGAUUCAAACGGCUGAAGGUUUUCAAAAAUACGCCCAAUUUCCUAAUUGCAUUGGAGCCAUCGACGGCAAGCACAUUAGAGUUAUCAAACCACAACAUUCGGGAUCUCUUUAUUACAAUUACAAGAAUUAUUUUUCAAUCGUGUUACUUGCAAUAUGUGAUGUAAAUUAUAAAUUUCUUUACGUAGAUAUUGGAGCAUACGGCAAAUGCAGUGAUUCGUCAAUUUACAAAGACUCUGUAUUUUAUCAUAGGCUUUUAAAUAAUGAUCUCGAUAUUCCGAGCAAUAACCCCAUCAAAGAAAAUGGCCAAUCAAUGCCGUUCGUUUUAGUGGGUGAUGAGGCGUUUUCACUAUCGGAACAUAUGAUGCGACCGUAUGCUGGGAGAAACUUGAAUAAUGUAAAGACUAAUUUUAAUUAUCGACUAUCCCGUGCCCGCCGCUAUAUUGAAUGUACAUUUGGAAUAUUAGCCAAUAAAUGGCAGAUUCUUCACCGACCCCUAAACGUCAAGAAAGAAUUUGCAGUUGUGAUUAUAAAAGCUCUAUGUGUGCUUCAUAAUUUUGUGCGAGAAAGAGACGGAUAUGAUUUCAAGGACACGUUAACUGUACCAGAGACUUUAUUUGAAAUACCUGCAUGUUUACCUAAUAGAGCAAAUAGAACAUCAACCGAAUAUCGAGAUAUAUUCGCAAACUACUUCAGUACCGACGGUCGCUUGCCCUGGCACAAUUUGUAAAUAUAUGGGAGCGUACCUACGACGGCUGGUCAGUUUGUGCGUUGAGGCACUUGCUCGCCGCGAGCCGCCAUUGCGCGCCGUAAACAAAAUGGCGUCAAACGCACAUGCGGUAUGAGUAAUCUUUUCAAAAAGUUAUUCCAAUCAUUACGAAAACCUGGGAAAUUUUAGCAAAUAAUUGUCAAAACUCAUGUGCAAAGCGAAAAAUAGUAGAAAUAAAAUAGUUAUACUUUUGACAAUUACCUAUUUGCUAAAAUUUCUUAGAUUUUGAAUGAACGGAACAACUUUAAAAAAAAACACUCAUGUCACAUAUACGUGUCGAAUGCUACUACAGCACCUGCUGCGUUUAUUGUAGUUCAUCGCAUUAUUAAUUUACUUAGGCAUAAUAAAAUAAAAUACUAACCAAGUU